UAAUCAUAGCGACUUUCAGUUUGUAGUUUUGACUCAAUUAAUUUGAGUUUUGUUCAAUGGAUCUUCAACCGGACAAGUAAAGAAAGUCCCCCACUGCACUGUAGAUACCACAUCGGAAUCGCAAGAGUUUUGACUACGUCAAUGUACUCUUUCAUUUAUUUGAACUCUUGUUUCAUGUACAUACGUUGUAGUUUCGUCCAGUGAAGUUGUAUUCAGAAACAGAGCCAAUACUAUCAAUAGUGCCACUGGGAAGAUGUCUGACAUGGUAACAGCCACCCCGUUCAGCAGCAACGACCGUGAUGUCGUUGAAAGGGAGAUUUCUCCUGCAGCGAGCACUGAUCUUGUCGUGGAGGAUGUGAGCGCAUAUUUUGAUUUGUCGCAGUGUGCUGCGUUCAUUGUGAAUGGAGGCUACAAAAAGGUGGCACUCCAGUUUCCUGAUCAGAUGCUGCGCUACUCAGCAGCGGUGACCACUCUACUCUCCGAUGCUGCACCCGACAGUCAGCUGUUUGUACUGGCAGAUACGUCCUAUGGAAGCUGCUGUGUAGAUGAAGUGGCUGCAGAGCAUGUCUCAGCGGAUGCUAUCAUUCACUUUGGUCACUCGUGUCUCAGCAGUGUACGGCGCCUGCCCGUGCUGUACGCAUUCGGACAUGAACCGAUGAACGUCGAGGCGUGUGCAAAGAGCUUCCGCGAGGCGUUCCCAGAUCCGGCCAGCAGAGUUCUAUUGAUGUGCGACACAAUCUACGAAUCUCAUCUCUCCUGUUUGUCGUCUCAGCUCAGAACAUCACAUCCAGAACUAGCCGUGGGUAAUAUUGCAGGCCGGCAGCAGCAGCAGACGGAAGCUGAGAACGGCGCUUCCGCUAGCUUGCCUGCCAGUUGUCUUGUGCGCCAGCCCGUGGCCAUCGACCCGAAGAGCGCGGGACACAGUAGCAGCGGUGGCAGUACGGCUGAGCAAUCGUCGGAUCAGUCCGCGGUCAACCAUCACAGCAGGUGUGGGCGUGAGUUUGUUUUGGCGGAUGGUAGCACCCUGGACGACUACAGCGUGUUCUACGUGGGCUUAGCAGACAUGGCGCUGAACAAUCACAUGAUGACGUUCAGCCGAUCACCGUUGUAUCUAUAUAACCCGUUGAGAAGCUCCUCUUCAGCACAAGUACAGACCGCCGUGGCAAAUCGUAGUUUGAAGCGCCGCUACGUCAAGAUGCUGAAGGCCAAAGAGGCCAAGACCGUUGGUGUCUUGGCCGGGACGCUGGGUGUUGCGGAUUACAUGACCUUGAUACGGCGGCUCAAACAGAUCAUUCGCCAGGCUGGAAAGAAGGUGUACACCUUUGCUCUUGGCAAGCUGAAUGUGGCCAAGCUAGCCAACUUCAUGGAGAUCGACGUGUUUGUCCUGGUGGCUUGUCCCGAGAGUACGCUGAUAGACUCUGACGAUUUCUACAAGCCGGUUGUGACACCGUACGAGCUUGAAGUGGCCUGCAUGAGGUCGCGGGAGUGGACUGGUGACUAUGUGACAGAUUUCCGGCUUCUCUUACCAGGCGCUCCACAUCAUGUCAGGGCUGAGGAGGAUGCCAAUUCGGACGAGGAGCCGGAGUUUUCAAUGAUAUCCGGCAGUUUACUCACUCGCCAUCGCUCAGAGCCAGAGCAGACGGAAGGUUCCCAGGCAGUCGUGAAGCGCGCCGACGGCCAGUUGGCAACGUUAGACUCGGGUGCCGCGUUUCUUGCCUCUCGCUCCUGGUCUGGCUUGGACCCGCAGCUCGGGCAGACGGCUGUUGCCGAGACGAUUGUUGAGGGUCGCACCGGCGUCGCCAUGGGUUACAGCCACGAGCCAGGCUUUGGGCGGCAGGCGUCGGGCUGUGGCUCGGCAGCAAGCGGUGGUUGUUGCAGGAGCCAGAGUAGCCAAGUCAACGCAGAAUGCUGCAGCAAGACCGAGUGAAUCGUGGCGUGCGAGUAACGUGCCAACACUGUCUUGUCUGACGAAUGGACUACACCGGUGUGCCGCAGACCGCUUGUUUGUGCUGCUCAAGCCGAUAGUGCUGGUGAUAGUAUCGGAAAUGCCAUGGUCCACCCGACUGACUAGCUAGACACAAAGCUGAAUCUAUGCAGUGACCGUGUACCGCACUGGUGGGUGCACUCUGCCUUGAUACCUAAUCUCUAACUGACAUCCCUCACAACAUUAUUUCACCCUGGUGUACCAGUACUAUCAACUGCACUGUUUCACUACGCUGUGGAAGAUGCGGAUUUGAACAUUGAA